UUCAGAAGUCCACAACUGCCAAGCCGAGCAUAUUUGAUUGCUUUCAGCCGACGCAUAUGGAACCCCAAAUGGCUCUUUCUCUCUUUCCUGAUCCAAGCCGUCGACUUUGCGUCUAUUACAAAGUGCGUAAAAAGGGAAAUUACAAAGUGCGUAAAAAGGAUCAAAGGGAAAACCUCUCUCUGCUUCACUCGCGUCGCGGCUGUGGUUCGACUCUCUCUCCCCCUCUCCCUCUCCCUCUCCCUCUCCCCCUUCUCUUCUCUAAGUCGCUCGGCUCAGAUCCGGCUUAGAUCCAGCUUCCAUUUGGCUCCGAUCUCCUUUUUCUCUCUGAAACUCUUCACCUCUUCUCCUUCGGCGAUUCUUCGGUGGAAUUAUUGCUUCUGAACUCCGAUUGAACUUCAGGGAUGAGGUCUCACUUCAAAGGCGAGAAGGAACUAAACUGAAGAAGAAGGUUAGGUGGUUGUCAGAACUAAGCUCCGGCUUACAUGACCUCCGAGGUAUAUAGAGUUAUUAUGGCUCUUUAAUUUCUACAGGAACAUUUGGUAGCAAAAACUGGGCAGCCAACGGAGUGGAAUGUUAAAAGCUUGAAAGAUAUGGAACCCAAAAGCAUGAUGGAAAUAGUAGCAGUCAUCGACCCAGUAGAUGGUGGUCUAGGUUCGUCAGAGAAGGGAAAUGUAACUCCUGCAGCAAAACCAAGAAAAAAGUCAAUGACGUCUUUGUAUCUCAAGUUCUUUGAAACCGCUCCUGAUGGGAAGAGUCGAAGUUGCAAAUUCUGCAAGCAAAGUUAUUCUAUUGCAACAGCCACUGGGAAUUUGGGAAGGCAUUUGAAUCAUCGCCAUCCCGGAUAUGAUACCGUCUCCAGCUCAUCGCCGCAGCCCAUCACUACUGUAUCGAAGAGGGCCCCGUCUCAAGUCAAAAAUUGUAGCACGGUUGAUUUUGACCAUGUAAACUGGUUACUACUCAGGUGGCUCAUCGGUAAUUCUAUUCCACCCUCUAUAUUCGAAGAUACGUGGCUAUCAAACUCUUUCAAAUUUGCCAAUUCCGUUGUUCAAUUAUGGUCAGUCGAAAGGUUUCAAACUGUCAUUGUGGAAAUAUUCAGAAGUAUGCGGGAAGAUGUAAAGGCUUCAUUAGAACAUGUUAACUCUAAAAUAUCAAUCACCCUUGAUUUCUGGACUUCCUACGAACAAAUCUUCUAUAUGAGCGUCACCGGUCACUGGAUUGAUGCAAACUGGUCCCUGCACAAGGUUCUUCUGGAUGUUUCACACGUACCUUAUCCAUGUGUUAGCUCUGAUAUCUACCACACUCUUGUGAAAGUCCUGAAGAUGUACAACAUUGAGAACAGGAUUCUCUCCUGCACCCAUGACAACAGUUCGAAUGCCAUCCAUGCUUGUCACACACUUCAAGAAGAUUUAGAUGCUCAGAAAUCAGUGGCCUUCUGCUUUAUUCCCUGUGCCGCUCGAACACUGAACCUAAUCAUAGAGGACGGACUACAAACUGCAAAACCCGUGAUAUCUAAAAUACGGGAGUUCGUACUCGAGAUGAACACAUCUGUAGAAAUCUCAUCCGAUUUCAACCACACAACAUCAGCAUAUCAAGAAGGUUCAUGGAAGUUCCCUAUCGAUGCUUCAACUCGUUGGAGUGGCAAUUAUACAAUGCUUGAUAUAGUGCGCAGGGCCUCUAAAUCCAUGGAUGCUGUUAUAAGAAAGAGGGAAGAAUCUCUGGGUAGUAGGAACAUGCUCCUGAGCACCAAGGAGAUAGUUGCUAUCAACAAUUUGCACCAAUACCUUGAGCCAUUCCACAAGACCACUAACAACAUGUGCACAAGCAAAGUCCCAACUGUUGGGUUGGUACUAUUCUUUAUGGAUCAUAUUGUCGAGACGAUUGCUUCUUGCAGGGAUUCCCGUCACAACCCAGACUGGCUAAAGAAUGCUGCUGAGGACAUGGCGAAAAAGGCUAGGAGUUACAACAGCCAGGUACAUAAUGUCUACACUUACAUGGCUGCAAUACUCGAUCCAAGGAUCAAGGGUGAACUUAUCCCAGAAAAUCUCAACCUGGAAAGCUAUCUCGAAGAGGCAAGGAACCACUUCCUGAGGAGUUACUCGACCAUCCAUUUUCCAACACUGGCUAAUGGAUACAAUCCUCAGGACAAUGAAGAUGGAGGCAGUGUAUCUUUUGCGGAAGAGAUUGCUCGGAAAAGACGCAGAGUUAACAUGACUGCGUCUACAGAUGAACUCAGCCAGUAUUUGUGUGAGCCUCCAUCUUCCUUCACUACAGAUGUUUUAGACUGGUGGAAGGGAAACAGUUCAAGGUAUCCACGAUUAUCUGUCAUGGCUCGAGAUUUCCUGGCAGUCCAACCAACCUCAGUUUCACCUGAUGAGCUUUUCUGCAGAAAAGGUGAUGAAAUUGAUAAACAAAAGUAUUGUCUUCCCCAUGCAAGUACACAACCAGUGUUGUCCAUUAGGGCAUGGAUUGAAAAUGGGUUCAAGUUGAGGUACCGGACGACGGAGGUCGACUUUGAAAAGCUUAUGGUAUCUGGUACUUCUAUGGCCACAACUUCUGCUUUUGAUAGUGGUGCUACAGUUUCAGAUGGUAAAGCAAAGCAAGGGUAAUAAUGGCUGUCUCAAUAAUCUGUUUUUUAUGGCCUGCAAUAUUGACGGAAAUGUUGAAGUUUCAGGUGAGGACUACCAUAUAUGUAAGUUAAUUUAGUUAAAAAGUUGAGAGGGAUUAGAGUAGUCUCAUUCUUCCUCUCUUCUCUUCUAGUUGUUGUAUGUACAUUUCUAGGAGCGUAUUUUGUAUUUUGGCAUUGUACAUAAUGGUGAGCUGAUUGUAACAGGCUAACCAACAAAUGGGUAUCUGGUAUGUAGUUUAAGAUAGCUCUCACAGUAUUUUGGGUACUGUUAAUUGUCCUUCGAGUAAUUGUUCCCUGCGAGAAUUUAAUUA